AUGGCUGCAUAUGCACAGAGCUGUGGCCCCAAAGUCGGCCUGGCGAUUGGGCUAGUCGUCCUCCUUCUCGUCGUGUUCGACUCGAUUGCAAACAACUGGGCCCUCAACGACUUUUGCGGCAACGGCCUGCAAUUUCGCACACCUGUCGCUCGCGUGGAUAAUGUUGACAACCUCACCACGGCGUACGCAUUUGGCAGCCGUGCCAAAAUCUCGGACCUGUCCAACAUCGGCUACUGGAUGGCCAACCAUGUGAUUGAAAAUCUCGCCAAGGACGACGACAGCGUGUACGUGUUGUCGGCGGGAUCGUACCAAAUCACGGGUAGCGCCAUGAACUACUGCCGCGGGCUCACGAGCAACUACACCGUCGACAUCACGAAACCCGUCAAGCUCGCGACGGCUGUCGACGCGAUAACGUUCUUGCGGGGGACUGCGCUGACACACGCGUUCACGGAUGAUUUGUCGGUCAACUUGCCGACGGCCACCGCGUCCAUGAGAGAUCUCACGGCGCUGGGGUUCGUGCCGAGUCGAAUCCAAACCGACAUGCGGAUGACCACUGCGUUCGCUGUUCAAAACACCUCGGCAAUGCAGUACGCGACUAUCACGUACUAUCGUGUGUACGCCAAGAGCUACUGCACGGGGUGCGCGCCGAUUGCCGAGCUUGGCCGGGGCACGUGCAACCUGACGAUGCAAUUCAACGCUACGUCCAACCGCCUGAUCGUGACGAGUUCGCAUGUGCUCGGCUCCCAGCACGAUUUGGGCCUCAUGUUUGCAAGAGACGUGUACAGCUCGCUUGCGUCGAUCCUCAAGUACAUUGCGAUCUUCAUCGCAGUGGGGGGCUACCUCGCGAGUCGCCAAACGAUUCAAUGGAGCGAUACGAACCUGGAAAAGGAUGCCCUAUAG